AUGAAGCAAUCCCGCUACGAGGAGUACGAGACUCUCAUCAAGUUCUCCCCGGAGGAGGCAUGGGAGCUCUAUGACACGGUCUACCGCAACUUCGGGUGGAUCUACACGAGCCUCCAUGACUACGACCAGGCCCUGGAGUAUUUCGAGAAGUGCGUCAGCGUGAAGCGCGACCAUGGCGUGAGCCCCCACUGGUUCGACCAAUGGGACCUGGGCAAGACCCACGCGCGUCUCUCACUGCAGCGGAGCCGGCCGGAGGGCCUGUCCCUGGCAGCCCGCCUCAUCCGAGAGGCGCUGGACAUGCACCGCCGAGAGCCUGAUGACCUCAUCAUGCGCUGCAAGAUGCUGAACUCAGCCGGGGAGUGCCUCAUGGUGCGCGGAGACUUCUGUGCAGACUCUGGGGAGGCGCGGCGCUGCUAUGAUGAGUCCAUCGAGCUGCACGAGGAGUCUUACCAGCUCUACAUGCAGGUGCUGGGACCUUCUAAGCCACUCACUGGCUGGGCGAUGGAAGAUCUGGCCGGCGCCUACCAAAGGCGUCAGCUGCCGGAGAAGGCGAAGCCGCUGCUGCUGGGCGCCCUGCGAGUGGAGUGCUCCAAGGACAUCAUCAAGCUGCCCUCUAUGGCACGGUUGCUGGACUCCUUGCUGGAGCUGCAUGAGGCCACUGGUGACCGCGGGGGUCUCGCUGCGUGCCAGGAGGCCAUCAACGGAGGCCUGGCCAACUUGCAGCGGCGAGGGGUGGACCAGUCCGAGGGCGCCAGCUACGCGGCGUUGCUCCAGAAGAUUGCGAAGAUGCUGCUGGCCCACGACGUUCAAAACCGGCCGCUGGCCGCGGAGCUCCUGAGGGAAGGUCUGCAGUACCUGUCCAAGGCGACGCCGGUGCAGCGCCUGGCACCUGCAAGAGAUGAGCAGGAGCGGAUCUACGUCCCGAAGGCUGGUCAACAGGACCUGGAGGUAGACGCGCGAGCGCUGCGGAGGUCCCUGGAGGACGACCAGCUUCAGGAGCUAACCUCGGCUCAGUCUGCGCCUCCCUUCUUCGAGGUGGUGGACGACGAUAACGACGACGCCCCAGGUACUUUCACCUGCGUCGAUUAG